UUGGGAACUGGAGCGUACGCAGUAGUUGACAGUGUGAAGAUUGGAACGAAGCUGUAUGCACGAAAAUCAGUCUUCCUACCGCGCUACAACCAGAAGAGCAUCCGGAAUACUAUUCAGAACGAACUCUCUGUCAUACGUACAUUGGACCAUCCCCACAUUGUUCAAGUUCACCUGACUUAUGAGGAUAAAACGCGCUUUUUCAUCGUAAUGCGACCGCUGGCCGAUUGCGACCUAGAAGCUUUCCUCGAAGAGCAUACACAACGGCCGCCUACACAAGCUCAACAAGACAUGGUCUGGAGAUGGUUUCUGUGUCUCUCGAAUACCCUCACAUUCAUACACUCCAAAGGCAUCCGUCACAAAGACAUUAAGCCGCGCAAUAUCCUAGUCAAAGGAGACGAGGUCAUCUUCGCGGAUUUCGGGUCCAGUCAUGAUUUUCUUGACGAGGGCAACAGCACCACGGAAGGGCCGGCGUUUGGGCAUACUAAGAUGUAUUGCGCCCCUGAAGUCAUCGCAAAUGGAAAACGCGGCAGAUCGGCCGAUGUUUUCUCCCUCGGCUGCAUUUUCACUGAACUA